GGGCCCGCACAGAAGGGGACCCUGCUCCCCCGCAAAGGCAGCCUGCGCCUCCAGCCACCCAUCCUUCCCAGAAGCUGGUGCUGGGAGUCCAAGCUUCCCCGCCAGGCCCCCCAAGGAUGCUGUGGCUGCUGUUCCUGACCCUCCCCUGCCUGGGGGGCUCCGUGCCUGUGACCCCAGGCCGUGGCCCCAGACAUGAGCUGGUGGGCAUCGUGGGGGGGCAUGACGUCUCAACCUGGAAGUACCCCUGGCAGGUCAGCCUGAGGAGCUACAGGGCGAAACUCGGCCGGUGGAUGCACCACUGUGGGGGGUCCCUCGUCCACCCCCAGUGGGUGCUGACGGCCGCCCACUGCGUCGACUCGCACAACCUGAAGCCCCAAGAUGUCAGGGUGCAAGUGGGGCAGCUGAAACUGUAUGACGGUGACCAGCUGACGAAGGUGAAGCAGAUCAUCCGCCACCCCAAGUACCUCGGGUUUGCCAAGGGUGGCGCGGACAUCGCCCUGCUGCAGCUGGAGGCGCCCCUGACACUGUCUGCUCGCGUCAACGUGGUCGGCACCCCGUCUGCCACGCUGAAGGUCCCCAAGGGGAAGAGGUGCUCGGUGACCGGCUGGGGUAACAUCAAACACAACUUGUCGCUGCCCCCGCCCUACCACCUGCAGGAGGUGGAGGUGCCCAUUGUGGCGAACAAGGUCUGUAACAAGCACUACAGGACAGGUCCAAACAGCAAACCCAUCAAGGCCGACAUGCUGUGUGCGGGGAGCAAGGGCCUGGACUCCUGCCAGGGUGACUCCGGGGGCCCCCUGAUGUGCAGCUGGAAUGGCACCUGGGUCCAGGUGGGGAUCGUGAGCUGGGGCAGAGGGUGUGGCCUUCACAACUUCCCGGGGGUGUACAUCCGAGUGAUGAGCUAUGUGUCCUGGAUCUACCAGUAUGUCCCUCGGUCCCCGGGGCCCUAGCUGGGGCCAGGUGACCGCUACUGGAGCGGCAGACCCCCAAUCUCCGUCUCUCCGCACCUGCCAGCAGGGCUGGAGCUGGGCAGGGCAGGGCACCCCAGAUCCUGUCAUUAAACAGUGUGGAAGUGGCA